CAGACUCGUAAAUUCAAUGGUAAUGAUAAAGGCAUGGCUGUAACUACUACAGAUACACUAACUGGUAUGACAGGCGACAAUAGUUCAGCCUCAGCUUCAGCUGCAGGACCAAUAAAAACAACACAGCUUAAGAAGAGGGCCAGAAGGAGACGAUAUGAUCCAUGCGCAAUCUGCCUAGAAGAAUAUGAAGUUGGGGAUAAGUUGAGGGAGUUACCUUGCAAACAUUAUUUUCACAGCGAUUGCAUUGAUCCAUGGUUCAAAGAAGUUCAUGGUAUCUGUCCUAUUUGUAAGAGGGACUAUUCUCAAGCAUCAAGAAGGACUCCACGGACAAGGACACCAACAAGAAUAGUGUCUGAAAAUGAGCAACCAUCUGGUAUUCUGGCAUUUUUAUCCCCACUUUCACUCUUUGCUACGGCAUCAACAGCUAGCAGCUAUUUCUUUUACACAUCCGAAGCAAGCGCCUACAUGUAAUAACGACAAGUACACACGCACUACACUCUAAUGCAC